UUAACCCAAUUUAUGUUAUGUAUUAUUUAUUUAAAUAUUUAUGAGGAUCAAAAGAAGAUAAUAGAGGAUUACGAGAUUGCCAGCAAAGUGGUCGGGGCGGGACACGGCCAAUGUCAACAAAGAUGGUGUCUCUCGCUGACAUCUUGCCACCUGUGAGUGCACCGGUGUGGGACCGGGAAAGUGAUGAGCGCCGUAGACGGCACCAACAGCAGCAGCAGCAACAGCAGGCACUGGUUACGGCGUCUCGAGCAGCACCGCCAUAUGGCCACAGAAAAGGAUGGUUACCUCGUUCUCAGGAGGAUUUUGGAGAUGGUGGAGCAUUUCCAGAAUGUCACAUAGCCCAAUAUCCACUGGGAAUGGGCAAAGGUGGAGACACAGGUGGUGGUGGUGGUGGAGGGGGGUCAACUUCCAAUGCUCUGGCAGUUCAGUUAGAUGACAAAGGCAAAGUAAAAUAUGAUGUAUUGGCCAGACAAGGACAUGCUAAAGAUAAGAUUGUUUACUCCAAACUCACAGAUCUUUUACCUUCGGCCAUCACUUCAGAGGACGACCCGGAUCUCCAGCGGCCAUCAAUUGAGGAGAUAGAAGACACAACUGAGAAGACCAGACAAGCAUUGGAGAAACUUACGCAGGGUAAGAUAUCAUCAGCCAUGCCAGUAAGAUGUGCAGAAAAGCAAGCACCAGCACAGUAUAUACGCUACACACCAUCACAGCAGGGCGUUUCCUUCAACUCUGGAGCAACUCAGCGUGUUAUCCGAAUGGUUGAGCAACCCAAGGAUCCAAUGGAACCUCCCAAAUUUAAAAUUAACAAGAAAGUUCCGCGAGGUCCUCCGUCUCCUCCAGCUCCAGUAAUGCACUCUCCCACACGCAAGGUAACAGUGAAAGAGCAGCAGGAGUGGAGAAUACCUCCAUGUGUUAGCAACUGGAAGAAUGCCAAGGGAUACACAAUUCCACUUGACAAACGACUAGCAGCAGACGGGCGAGGUCUGCAGUCAGUACACAUUAAUGAGAAGUUUGCCAAGUUGGCUGAAGCUCUGUAUAUUGCUGACAGAAAGGCCCGAGAACAGGUUGAAAUGCGAGCACAAAUAGAAAAGAAAUUAGCUCAGAAAGAGAAGUUCAGAAAAGAAGAGUCACUUAAGGUGCUGGCUAAGAAGGCGAGAGAAGAACACGCAGGGCUUCGUCCAGUUCCUUCAGGACCAACUGAUGAUGCUGAAAAGGAGAGAGAGAAACUGCGUCAGGACCGUGCUCGGGAACGUAAACGGGAAACUGGUGUGGCAAAUGCAGCUGCUGAUAAACGUGGUAAACUGGCCACACGUGAACGGGAUGUUACAGAACAGAUUGCCCUAGGCUUGCCUCAGAACACAUCUGGGGGAGGCGAGGCUCAGUUCGAUCAACGUCUCUUUAACCAGUCACGUGGCAUGGAUACAGGCUUUGGUGAUGACGAAGCGUAUGAUGUAUAUGACGCGCCUUGGCGUGACACUGGAAAUAUUGGUUCUAAUAUUUACCGACCGACCAGAACGGCAGAGAACGAUUAUGGUUCAGGUAUAGAGCAUCUCAUGUCCACCAAUCGAUUUGUCCCAGAUCGUGGAUUCUCUGGUGCAGAUUCUGGUACGAGUAGGUCUGGUCCAGUUGAAUUUCAGCGAUCAGGUGCUGAUGAGAAAGAUGAAGAUGACUUGUUCGGUGUCAUUGGUUUGCUCUCAGAAGCCAAAAAAGCCAGCAAAAGAAAUUCAAAUACUGAGGAUCGUGGACGAGAUGACCGUGACAAGAGGAGGAAAAGAGAUUGAGGUUAAAAUUUCAUUUUGCAUUGUGUAAAAGUUCCAUGAUGGUUGUUACAGUUUUGUGAAGGUUUUCACUUGUUACAAGAACUAUUGCAAUAGCUACUUGUAUUGAAUAAAGUGACAAGUAAUGCUGGUCCUUAAUGCUUUCAAGCCUUGGAAUACCAUCAGGCAAAACUGUGCCAUGAUUAGCACCCUUAAAGGUCUAUGCGGUGAAAUGUUCUUUUACGAGAUGGUGCGUUUGGCAAGUUAUAAUUCUGGAGUACAACAUUGUUUAUCAGCAUAAAGUACCUUAUGCUGAUAAACACAUCAUGCUAAUGUGCUAGAAAGUUAUAUUUGUAGCUGGGGUGAGAAACCAGUGUAUGAUAAUUUCUAGAAUUAGUGUAUGGUAAAUAUGUAAUGGUACUCCCUUGCCCGGUUCUCCCUCAUCUGGUGAUGCCCAAUUACUAUUUUGUCAGAAAAGCAAGACUGGCAAUAAAUAUUUAUAUAAAAUAGUCUUUUAGUACAUAAUGGAAGUCAUAAUUUUCUGUAAAACUUUUAGAGAAGAAUAUUCUGAUAUACAAUACUAUCUGUUACAAGUACAGUAUUUUAUUUAUACAGGUUGAUUAUUGGUAUGGAUUGGAGAUAUUAAGGUAACAUUUUUAAUUUUAGCAUAUCUUAUAAACCUUAAAUGUAAUGUAGGCAGCUGGAAACUGCUUUUUGUAAAAACCUAACUUUAAACGAAACUUUGGGCCACCUUUUGCAUUACCAUGUUGGUAUACCAAAACUUAAUUAAAGAGACUGUGUACAUUCAGGCUUUGUGAGAAAAUUAUCUGCAUGACUUUGAAGGAGAACCAUGUAUUGUUUCAUACUUGGAGUAAGUGGAUGGCUGUGGCUGCACAUGCAGGGUUUGUUACAUUGAUGUUUCAUCAAUAGACUGCAGUUUGUUACCGACUUCCUUGUAAAGGUUUAUACAGUAUCGACUUUUUAUCAGAGACGGCAUAUUUGUAUAGUUAUUUCAGUAUUGAUACUGAUAACCUUUUUGUACAAGUUAAACAAAUAUACAAAUGUGAACCUAAA